AUGGGCAAGAGAAAUCUCAGUGGGCUGGAAGUCACCUUGAUUUUCCUUUUCUGCCUGAUGGUUAUUAUAAGCUGUGUCCUCAUUGUACUUGUAGCAACAGGACAAUCUGCAGUCAAAACUACAGAAUUUUCAGCAGAAUGUCCAAACAUAUUAAUAGCCGAGAGAAUCGACUGCAUCCCGGAUCAAGUAGCAACAAAGAACACUUGUAACCUACGUGGCUGCUGCUGGAGUCCUCAGAGUGAUACCAGUGUGCCCUGGUGUUUUUUCUCUUCAAACCAUGGGUACAAAGUGAAUGGGAAAACAAGAUCAACUCAGGCAGGAUUUGAGGCUACGUUAACAAGGCUGCCAUCACCUUCCCUCUUUGGAAAUGAUAUCAGCACUGUCCUCCUCACGGGAGAGUAUCAGACAUCAAAUCGUUUCCGGUUCAAGAUAACUGAUCCAAAUGCACAAAGAUUUGAAGUCCCUCAUGAGCAUGUGCAAACUUUCACUGGAUCUGCAGCUUCCAAUUUAAACUAUAAAGUGGAGGUGAAGGAGAAUCCCUUUGGCAUUGUGGUGACCAGAGUGAGCAACGGCAAAGUGCUGUUUGAUACUACCAUAGGACCCCUCCAGUAUGCUGACCAGUUUCUACAGCUCUCAAUCAAGCUACCUAGCACCAACAUUUAUGGUGUGGGAGAGCAUGUGCACAAGCAGUACCGACACGAUGUUAACUGGAAAACCUGGCCCCUGUUCAGCAGGGAUACUGGCCCCUAUGGAGACAUGCAUAACUUAUAUGGAGUUCAAACUUUCUUCCUGUGUUUGGAAGACAGCUCUGGAGCAUCUUUUGGUGUUUUCCUAAUGAAUAGCAAUGCCAUGGAGUUUGUGGUGCAGCCUGCUCCAGCAGUGACCUACAGAACCAUUGGCGGGAUCCUUGAUUUCUAUAUUGUCUUGGGGAACACUCCAGAGCAAGUAGUCCAGGAGUAUCUGCAGCUUGUGGGACUGCCAAUGAUGCCCUCCUACUGGAGCCUGGGCUUCCAGCUGAGCCGCUGGAACUACGGCUCUCUGCAAGAGGUGAAGACAGUUGUGGAGAGAAACAGGGCAAUUGGACUCCCUUAUGAUGCUCAGAUCACUGAUAUUGAUUAUAUGGAGGCAAAGAAAGAUUUUACUUAUGACAAAGUGAAUUUCCAAGAUCUCCCUAAUUUUGCAUCUUAUAUGCAUGAAUACGGACAAAAAUAUAUUAUCAUAUUGGAUCCUGCUAUUAGCACACAAAAUCUAGUUGAUGGUAAUCCUUAUGAAAGCUAUGUCAGGGGAGAGAGCAAAAAAGUCUGGAUUAAUGAAUCAGAUGGACAAACAACACUAGUUGGGGAGGUGUGGCCAGGGGAAACUGUAUUUCCAGAUUUUACCAACCCAGACUGCACAAGCUGGUGGGUGAAUGAAUGCCAAGAGUUUUAUAAGACAGUGCCAUAUGAUGGCAUCUGGAUUGAUAUGAAUGAAAUAUCUAACUUUGUUCAAGGCUCAAAAAAUGGUUGUGGACAGAAUGACUUAAAUUAUCCUCCUUUCACUCCCAGUAUUCUUGAUAAUGUCAUGUUUUCCAAGACACUUUGUAUGGAUGCAGUGCAGAAGUGGGGGAAUCACUAUGAUGUCCACAAUCUCUAUGGAUAUUCCAUGGCCUUAUCAACACGCAAAGCCAUUGAAGCAGUGUUUCCUGGAAACCGAAGCUUCCUCAUUUCAAGGUCUACUUUUAUUGGAUCAGGAAAGCAUACAGGACAUUGGCUGGGAGAUAAUGCAGCAUUAUGGGAUCAUUUGAAAUGGUCAAUACCUGGAAUACUGGACUUCAAUCUCUUUGGAAUUCCUUAUAUUGGAGCAGAUAUUUGUGGUUUCUCUUAUGACACCACAGAAGAACUGUGCAGACGAUGGAUGCAAGUAGGAGCAUUUUACCCAUUUUCCAGGAAUCACAAUGCUGAAGGAUUCAUACCUCAGGAUCCGGCUGUGUUUGGAUCUGAUUCGCUCUUGGUGAACACCUCCAAGCAUUACUUGAACAUUCGCUAUACUUUGCUUCCCUACCUGUACACACUCUUUUAUAAAGCUCACACUCAAGGACACACAGUUGUACGGCCAGUUUUGCAUGAGUUCUACUCUGAUGAAGUGACAUGGAGUGUUGACAAGCAGUUUCUGUGGGGUCCUGGGCUGUUGAUUUCCCCUGUGCUUGACCAGGGUGUGGUGGUAAUUGAGGCAUAUAUUCCUGACGCAGUGUGGUAUGAGUAUGACACGGGGGUAAAAAUCUCAGAGAGGAAACAAUGGACCAAUAUUCAACUGCCUGAAGACAAACUGGGACUCCAUUUGAGGGGAGGUUAUAUUUACCCUACUCAGCAGCCAGCUACCACUACAGUUGCAAGCCGCAAGAAUCCAAUGGGGCUUAUAAUUGCCCUGGAUGACAACAGGGCUGCUUCUGGGGACUUGUUCUGGGAUGAUGGAGAAUCUACAGGUACAGUUGACAGUAAAACCUACAUUUACUAUGAAUUCACAGUUUCCAACAAUGUCCUACAAAUGACUGCUGUAAACAGCAAUUAUGCUGAUCCAAACAACUUGAGAUUUGAAGAAAUCAAGAUAUUGGGAGCACUCCAGGAAAUAACAAGAGUUACUGUAACUCAGAAUAAUGUGGUGCAAAAUUUUCCACUUAAUAUCACCUAUUAUACUUCAGAACAGGUUGCUCAUAUCACGGGAUUUCAGCUUGAACUGGGAAAGUCUUACACGGUAAAUUGGGCUUAACAGAGUGUCAAUGAAGCAGCUAACAUCAAACUCAGAUAUUCCACACUACUAUUACAGCUCCAAUGCUUAGACGAAACAGAAUGCACCUCAUCAGGUCUGGCAGCCAUUCUCAUCUUAAACAAUGCCAAAACCAGAGCUAAUGAGACUUUCACUACAUCAAUUAGUACAUUACACUUGGCAGUGAAAUAUCAUCUCAAUCACAUGCUGCUAUUUAAAGUACUGUCAUUCCAGAAUUUCUGUGACUACGUCAAGAAUGAAUCAGCUGCUUUUCUGAAUGGCUCCAUGGAUACUCAUAGAAAUCACCUGCUAAAUAGGCUACCAUAUGUACCUGGAUCUUUUCUCUUUCCCAGACAAGAUCCUGUUUCCUGCAACUCCACAUUUGAGGUUUCCAAGAACGUGCCAAACAUAAAUGCAUCAUUACCCUGUAUCUACACAUAAAGCUAUGAUGCCCAUGGCUAUGGCAGCAAUGUGAUCUGCCCUAUACUCCAUGAGUUUGUGGAAGACAGACCAACCUGGGAAAGAUUAGAGAUGUUCUUUUGGUGACCUGCACUGCUCAUCAGCCCUGUAAUGCAACAGGUGUCUAAAACACGUAUCUUUGAUUCCUGCAGGCUAUUUUUAGCUAUCAUGAUUUUGCAUCAUGUUUACAUGGAUCCAACCAAGUUAAUGUUCACUGAAAUUAGUGUCCUGGGAGUAGUGUUCAUCAGCAUUAAGCAGGUGACUGUAUCACAGACUGGAGGGACAGUCUCACACAGUAGAAUUACUAAUUACUCAUUUUGUGUAUUUUAUUCAUACCUCCUGACAAUCACUAAGCUUCAACUUGAAUUAGGCAGCUACACUGUGCAUUGGAGCUGA